AUUCUAGUGGACGGAGGUUCUCCCCUCCUUUCCUCAAUUAUAGAACUCGACAUCUCCUCAAAGGCUCCGCUUGCUCACCCUCUCCUUCGUCUUGUAAUAAUGGCGCUUCGUAUCUCCCUGUCUCCUUCGGCGUCCCUCCGAGGAACGUCUUCUCAUCGCUCAACGGCGGUGGUGGCUUGGUGCUCUCAUCACCGGCUGCUCCCGGCAGAUUCGGGCCGAAGAACGGCGGCGAUGAUCUGGAGGGAUGCGAGGAGAGGACUCAGGGUUUCACCCGUGCGUUCAAGCCUGGAGAUGGUGGAGCCGACUGUUGGUCAAGUGACGGAAGUUAACAAGGACACGUUCUGGCCCCUCGUCAAGGCCGCCGGGACCAAAAUCGUUGUCCUUGAUAUGUAUACCCAAUGGUAG